GUACAAACAGGUAAUUUGAAAAUAUUCAACGUUGUUACUUAUGCUUUGGGUAGAAGAUCAGUACCAGUAAAAAGCCAGUUUUAAUUUGGAAAUAGUAUUUCAAAAUCGCUGGAACAUUGACUUUCAUCUAUAAUAUAUAAUAAUUUCUAAUUCGGUGCUACUAAAUGAAGUUCUAUCUCUUGUCAAUUUAUCUUGUAAUAUAUUACUGCAAUGUAUUCAUCGCAGGACAUCUGGAAGGCGCCAAUACACCUCAAGUCAUAUUUUUGGAACCUGGCACAAUAGUUGAUUAUCAUCCUAAGACGCGCCACAAAGGAUUUUUUGAUAAUGAUAUGCGGAUUUAUUGUUAUAGUGGAACCCAAAAAGAUUGGACUCGUCUUUUUGAGAAUAUUGAGCUUCAAUUGGAAAUUGAAAAGGAUGAAUUCAAACAAUAUGAAGGUGCAACGCCAUCCGAAGUUCGACAAAAUUUUGAAGAUCGACAAUCAUUAUUUAGUUUUAAUUUGUUCACACAUAAACGUACGCGUUUAAACUUAUACCCCUUCAAACAACAGUGCAUUGGUAUUGAUACCACGCUUCCGUAUCGUGUACGUCUGCUUCAAUUACGAAUAGACUAUUUUCGCAUUAUUCAAUUUUCCUUGGGUAUCUGUUUAUUUAUAUUUGCCGAAAACCUAAGUAAUAACUCGAUGUUGUUUUAUUUCACUGGAGUUGCUAUUGGAAUAUGCUCAUCUUUCAUGCUUAUUAUUUGGUUGACAAGUAAAUUAAUGCCCAGGCGCCCUAUGGUAUACACCAUAUUGAUUGGUGGAUGGUCAAUAGGUUUUUACAUUAUUCAACGGCUUUGGGAUAAUCUUCAUUUGAUUUUUCAAAUGUAUCGCGCCUAUGUCCUUUGCUAUAUAUUCACGACGGGCAUGAUAUCUUUUUUCUUUUGUUACCGUAUUGGUCCACCUACAAAUCAACGAUCAAAAAAUGUAAUUAAGUGGGUUUUACAAAUAAUGGCAACAGCUGUCUCAUAUUUUUCAAUACAGUAUCAAGAGGCCAGUGUAAUGAUCAUAGCCUUCAUAAUGGUUUAUAAUUAUUUGCCAAGUUCACUCCUAUACAAGCCUCUAAAGAUGUAUAGAUGGUUCUUUCCUCCGAAAAGACGUUUACUUACAAACGAAGAAUUUUAUGAAGAAGGUGUUAGAGAAACUUCCAAAGCCCUGAACGAUUUAAGAACUUAUGCCUGUAGUCCCGACUGUAAGCAGUGGAAAAUUAUAUCCAAACUAAGUGAUCCCUUACGAUUUGCAGCUUUUGUAGAAGGCCAAUCUCAUCUGCGAGAAGAAGAAAUCUUACGCUAUGAAAAUCACACAGAAACUAUUGAGCACAGCGAAACCGACUCAGAUGAAAAUGUCGGAAUGGAGAAAGAAUACGAAAAAUGGAAUUUUGCUCGUUCCAAUUUAAAAAAUGAACAAUACUGUUGGAAUCGAAGUAAAAACUUUAGUAAUAAUGUAACGUAUGGCGAUACUAGCGAAGAAGAUGAGAAUGAAGGAGAUGAAUUUGUUUCUGAAGACACUACAAAAUCGAAAGGUUCCUUUGAUAAAAAUAUUCAGGACAAAUUGCAUUUUGAACGGAGUAGUACACAUAAUUUGUAUGGCAGUAUAGUAGGCCGGACAUAUUCUUCGAAUAUUUCUAAUACCAAAAAAAGAGAAAGAAAGUAAAGAACGUCGACAAUUUUGAUGUUGCCCUUAGCUGCCAAAAUUAUUGCAGUGGCUCUAAAAGUUAUUAUUGGUGAAUCCUCUUCUAUAUUGAAAAAACUUAACACAAUGAGCCAAUGAUUAUAAUGAGUUGAACUACUCUUAAUUAAUUUUGUACCUACGUUUGCUCUUUGAAUGUUGUAUGACAUGUAACUAAUAAAAAGACUGCUAAUUUUUUUCAUUUGAAA